AUGGAUAUAGACAAGAUUGCAUUGCCUGACGCAAAGGAGUCGUUUGUCAAGGAGUACAAUGAUGUGUUUCAUGGUUUUGGUAAGUUCCUGGAUGAAUAUAAAAUUUAUUUGAAAGAAAAUACAAAACCAGUGCUACGUUAUAGGAAGCGGAUACCUCAGGCAUUAAUGGAUAGGUUGAGAACAGAAUUAGAUGUCAUGGUUCAGGAUGGAAUAAUUUCAGCGGUUGAUUACCCAACUGAUUGGGUUAAUAAUUUGCAACUUGUUGAAAAGGCGAAUGGAAAGUUACGCAUUUGCCUGGAUCCAAGACCGCUUAAUGAAUGCAUUAAACGGGAGCAUUUUCUUAUACCCACGAUAGAGGAUUUGACCUCACAAGUGGGUUCUGGCACAUUUCAUUGGAAAGAGAAACAUCUGAUUUGA